AUGGAACCAUAUAAUGCCAACGUCUCCAGUUCAAAUCUACAGGACAAUCCACUUACUAACGGUAACGUUAACGGCCCCAAGACUCCAGACAAGGAACAACCAACUCCCUUGACCAGGAAAACCGGUGUUUCUCACUCGGGAAUCUGCGAUCCUCGUAUGCUUCGAAAGAUUCACCCGGAAAAUACUGACACUGACCAGAAGGAAGACGAACCCGAAGAAGCGGAGAGUGAUGUCGAUGAAAAGGUUUUUGGUCCUCUGAGCAAAGAAGAGGCAGAACAGCUGCAGCUAGAAGCCAAUGAAGAAACAACUAGGAGCGAGGAUCUUCGUCUAUUUCUUCAGGAAAUGCAUCAGCAUAUAUCUCAGCCUCGUCAACAGCAAACAUCCUGGCUCUCUGGACAACAACCUUCACAAGUAGCUGGAUCGCAGGUUUCAUUUGGUAGUCAGUUUCAGCCUGGUUAUCCUCAACAGCAGCCACCUGUACGUAGUGGACCAUCAGCUAACACCAAUGUGAGUGCAGGGGGCAAGAGGUCCAUCACUGGUGAACAAAUGGACUACGUGCUUGACUCUGCGCCAGAUGGCGGAUGGGGCUGGUUGGUGGUGUUUGGUUCUUUUUGCUGCAUGAUCCUAGUCGAUGGCAUUAGUCUCUGCUAUGGGCUC